GCCACACAUAGGCGCCCUGCCCGCCAUGGUUUACUGCAUUCCCCAAUCGAAGCAUGUCAAGCUCACGCUCGCGUGCUACCCGAAAAGCAAGACUGCUGCAGCUCAUCCCAAUUCCAGUGAACUGCAAUAUCUCGCCUACUACGCAUCUAGCAGGCCCAAGAAGCUCAUUAAAGUCGGUCUAUACAUCCGCCAGAAAGUUGUGAAGGACGUGUAUUGGAACAGACAGACGGAGAUCAUUGUGUCGCUCGACAUUUGCGCCGCACUCAUUGAGAAGUGUCACAAUAAUCUAAAUCUCUUCGCCAGAGAUGUCAUUCAAGUGCUCAACUCUGCAGUCACAUUGGCAAGCAAAGAUACUGCCAUGCUUGAUCAUGUUGCAUCGUGUUUCAGCAGCCUGGCGAAGUAUUUGAAUGAGUCUCUGCUAGCAACAGAUGAAGUCUUUGCGCAACAAUAUAACGAACUGCUAUCGUCUCUUGCGAGUAUGGCUAUUCAGUAUCGUUCUGAACAAGAUUGGAAGGCUACUAAAGUUUGCGUCGAAGCUCUACAAGCUGCGUGUAAGAGCAAAGGUGUCGCGGCCCCAAAUGCGCAAAUACAGAUUGCAACUCUCAUCCGCUCUUCUCUCGAGAUUUUGUACACUACCACGGAAGAUGCCCUUUAUGGUCUGCGUGCGAGCUUUCAACGUAGGUCUGUUGAUCUUGCCAAACAUGAGCGGCGCCUGUCUUCAAUGUCUGCGACGGCAUCAAGACCCACUGUUACUAGCCCACAAAUGGUUCAAGCAGAAUCCGGAUGCGAGUCAGCGGAAUGGAAAGUACAGGUUUCUGCUCUCCAAACACUACGAAUUCUGUUCGAUACGAAUGAUGCAACACAGAUUCGUGCCGCGUCUAUCGAGAUCCUAUCAUUCUUUCAAGCACAUCAGAUGAAUGAUAGCGGCUGGGCUAGUACUAUUAUACAAUUUGCUACAGCCUGGGCUCCGAUCAACCUUCGCUUUCACAUUCUUGGCAUAUGCUUGAGGGAGUUGGUGAGUAUGGCAACCGAAUCCUGGCCAGACGCAAAGCAAAGCUCAUUAUUGUAUUGGAUACAAGGGCUACUGACGUCAAAGGUGAGUCUGAUCGGCCUCUCGACUGUGGACGUCUUAGAGACCCUCAUGACGUUUGCGCGUACGCUGGCGCAAAUGACAGAUUCUGCGACCGCUCUCAGUGUCGUGCACAGUAUUAGACUGGUCAGGGAGGAGGGAGCUGGCCGAGCUAGCAAUGAGAAGGCAGACUUUCUACUUCGUUUCGUCCGAACGGCUGGCUCAGUUUCAUCACAUUCUUACUAUGAAGGGCAGCUCUCUGAUCUUUGCCAGUCAGUUCUCGGGAGUUUGAGCUCACCCGCGACAGAAAACAAUACGGGCCAGACACUCUACGAUUUCCUUCAAUUGGAAGUCUUGUCCUAUCUAAUGAAGGCUGCCCUUCCGUUCACCGUACCGGGUGAAACGCACCAGCGCAUCUCCAUAAAUCAUUGGAUCGGUUCAUUACAUCUGCUUGAACACAAGGAGCGUGCUCUGAGGGUGGAAUUUGUCGAUGUCCUUCUGCAGUAUUUGCAUUCAGAUUAUCUUCAGGUCCCUUCCUCAACAGACGAACUCCAAUACACGGAACUAUUGCUCAAGAAAUUUCAGGUGGCGAUGUCUCGAUGCGCCGCAUGCAGCUGCGAGGACGCGAAUGGCUUGCUUGCAUGGUUCGUGCUGGCUAAAACCUUCGCUGUCGUUCUCGAAUUGAAGCACUUUGCUGGCUUUGUCCCAAUGUUUUAUCACAUUGUUACGCACGGCACUAUUCAGGAACCGCUGGCUUCCGCGUUGGUCACUCUUAUCCUAGGAGCUGCAGCAGACCACCAUGAUUUGACCAGUGCUAGAUCGCUGCUAGAUCUGCAAGCUGCCACCUCUUUAUUCACGACUGUCUUUGCUGCACGCGACCAGACACGUCAAAGCGUUACCGAUUUGAUACAAGCCGACGCAAAGCCUCUUGUAUCUCAAUCAACUCACGCGCAAAUCACACUUCCCGCCUCGCAGAUCAUCAUGCAGAGCCUACUUCAAAGUGCCCGCCUUGACGAUUGUGGGCACGAUACUGGUGAAGAAUGGGAUACCCAGGCAAAUGAUUCAUCACUACAGCUACCUCUGCAUGCGAAAGAAUCACAGAGCUCAGCGAUCUUGUCGACCAAAAACACUAGCAAAGGAUCUAUCGAGCCUUCAUCAUUUGCGGAAGACAAGGAAGAGCACGCCGGACGGGUCAAUAAACUGAAACUUGCCCUCUCAACGACAGUCUCACCCAAGGCUCACACGCCGCUCCGCAAAGCUAGCAAUGAUAUGAGCGACCUUCUUGAUGGGAUAGAGCUGGAGACCCUGACGAGUGAUCAUUGAGUCGGGCUGCCUUAUUCAGCAUGAACGAGACAAAAAUUAGCAUAACAGCCUUAGCAAAUUAAUUGAUUUGAUUAUGAGACUG